GGUUCUUGAAUAUGAACAGAAGGAGGCCUCAAUUUCCCAUUUUUGCUGAAGUCAGCCAGUUCCAGGAACCAGCAGAACAGGCACUUCCUGUCCAGCUCAGUGCUGGGUGGGUGGUGACCUGGGAAGCCUCUCCACCUCCCGGAGUCCAAAGAGCACAGGUGUGGCUGCCUCUUGAGCCUCAUCACCACGGGGCCUGCCUGCUCUCCCAGGGCCACCUGCUUGCCAGCAGGGCUCUCCCUGAGGCAGCAAGCAGAGAAGCCGCUGCCCUUCCACCACCAGCACCUGACCACCGGCUCAAACACCAGCCCCCUUGGCGAAUCACCUACCAGAUCACAUUAGCAACCAGGGAGCUGUACUCAGCAGCAUCAACAUGUCCCGGCCCAGCAGCAGAGCCAUUUACUUGCACCGGAAAGAAUAUUCCCAGAGGCUGACCUCAGAGCCCACCCUUCUGCAGCACAGGGUGGAGCACCUGAUGACAUGCAAGCUGGGAACACAGAGAAUCCAAGAGCCCAAGGAUGUCCUGCAGAAGCUACAGGAGAUGGACGCACAGGGCCGGGUGUGGAGCCAAGACCUGAUCCUGCAGGUCAAAGAGGGCUGGCUCCAGCUGCUGGACAUUGAGACCAAGGAGGAGCUGGACUCUUACCGCCUGGAUAACAUCAAGGCCAUGGAUGUGGCUCUCAACACUUGCUCCUACAACUCUGUCUUGUCCAUCACUGUGCAGGAGUCUGGCCUGCCCGGCACCAGCACUCUGCUCUUCCAGUGCCAGGAAGUAGGGGCACAGCGGCUGAGGACCAGCCUGCAAAAGGCCCUCGAGGAGGAGCUGGAGCACAGCAGACCUCGAUUUGGGAGCCUUUACUCAGGCCAGGAGAAAUGGAAGGGACCUCCUCUGGAAAGGCCUCUCCCUACGGAGCAGGCUCCCCCUCCAGAGCGGGAUUCCCCUCCAGAACAGCCCCACCGAAUGACCCCAGAGCGCAACAUCCCACCACCCCCGAAGCCUCUGCCACACUACCCUGCUGCCCAAGAACCAAGCGCCUUUGCUCUGUCUCCUCCAAGGCGGUCACCAUCCCCUGAGAACCCAGGGAGGGAUGAGGAAGUGCUGAACCAUGUCCUAAGGGACAUCGAGCUAUUCACAGGAAGGCUGAAGGAGGCUCAGGCAAAGGCCAGCCAUAAGAAGAAGAGAAAACUUGGAAAGAAGAGCAAGACUCAGGGGGGGAUAACCCAGGAACAGUACAUUGACUGCUUUCAGAAGAUCAAGUACAGCUUCAACCUCCUGGGGAAGCUGGCCAUCAGGCUUCAGGAGACGAGUGCCCCUGAGUUCGUGCACAUUCUCUUCCAGACGCUGAGUUUCAUCCUGACGCAGUGCCCUGAGGAUAGCCUCGCAGCUCAGGUGAUCUCACCCCUCCUCACCCCUAAAGCCAUCGACCUGCUGCAGUCCUGUCUAAGCCCACCUGAGAGUAACCUCUGGAAGGGGCUGGGAACGGCCUGGACCACCAGCCUGGUUGACUGGACAGGCAAUGAGCCCCCGCCCUACCAACCCACAUUCUCGGAUGGCUGGCAGCCUCCAGAGUCCUCUUUCCAGGCACCCGUAGGAUACCAGGACUCUGUUUCCCUCGGACGUCCUAGAUUAAACAGCACCCCACACUUUGCUGAGGAUGAAAUAUAUAACCAGGGCCUUCAGCCUGAGGACCCCAACCACCGUCCCUCCAGCCCCAAACCAGUCAGGCCAACUCUGAAAAUGCAAGUGCUGUAUGAGUUUGAAGCAAGGAACCCACAGGAACUGACUGUGGUCCAGGGAGAGGUGCUGGAGGUUCUGGACCAGAGCAAGCGGUGGUGGCUGGUGAAGAACAAGGCAGGACAGAGUGGCUACAUUCCCAGCAAUAUCCUGGAGCCUCUGCAGUCGGGGGCGCCUGGGAGCCAGGGCCAGUCAUCCCAUCGGGCGCCAAUGCUUCGACUUAGCUCAAGGCCUGAGGAGGUCACAGCCUGGCUGCAGGCGGAGAACUUCUCCACUGUCACGGUAAAGACCCUUGGGUCCAUGAUGGGAAGCCAGCUACUUCGCAUGAGACCUGGGGAGCUGCAGAUGCUGUGUCCCCAGGAGGCCCCACGGAUUGUGGCCCGGCUGGAGGCGGUCAGAAGGACGCUGGGGAUAAGCCCUUAGACACUUGCUCAGAAACCUCCAAGACCAAGGACUUUGCAUUACAAGAUGGAAUAUUUGAUACACUUUAGCAUCCUGAGACCUCCAGCCCAGCUUACUCAGCAAGAGAGUGAACAGGCCCAAGUGCUGCAGCAAAUGGUACCCUUCCUGCUCUGUUGGGAACACUUCACAGUUACUACCUAUUUAUUUUCCCUCUUUCCUAAGCCUGGCACACUUAUGUCUAGGCUUGGCAGGAGUCUAUUAAAUCCCUCUCCUUCCCAAUAAAAGUAUCUUCAAGCCUGU